GCGCAAGAGGCGGGCGGGCGGCGCGGAGGAUGCACGCGGGGGUCCUGGGCCUGUCCGCCCUGCUGCUGGCUGCCGAGCAGAGCGCGCGCCUCUGCGCAGUGGUUUACUACUUCACCACAGGCCGGCUCCUCUGGGCCUGGCUGGUCCUGUCAGUGCUACUGCCCGGCUUCUUGGUCCAGGGCCUGAGCUAUCUCUGGUUCCGAGAAGAUGGACGUCAAGGUGGCUGCUUGCUGCUGGUCCUGCACCUCCUCCAGCUCGGCGUGUGGAAGCGGCACUGGGAUGCCAUGUCCGCCGGCCUCCGGAAGGAAGGGCAGGCCGCCCCCCAGGCCCAGCUGCUGCUGCAGGAGGCAGACCUGGCGGCCCUGCGCCUCCUCGAAGCCCUGCUUCAGGUCGGGCCCCACCUGCUGGUCCAAACAUACGUUUUCCUCGCCUCUGACUUCACUGCUCCUCUGCCAGGGGUGAGUGCCCUGUGCUCCUGGACCACGCUCUCCUGGGCCCUGGUGUGCUACGCCCGUUCCCUGCGCUCCGUGAAGCCAGACCACACCUCCACGCCCUGGACGGCCCUCGGCUGCCAGCAGCUCUGGAGGAUGGGCAUGGUCGGAGCUCGCGUCCUCAGCCUGGUUCUCUUCUUCCGGGCUUACCGCGUCUGGGUGCUGGUUGUCGCAGGUGCCCACUGGCUGGUGAUGACCUUCUGGCUCGUGGCUCAGCAGAGUGACAUCGUGGACAGCACCUGCCGCUGGAGGCUCUUCAACCUGCUCGUGGGGGCCGUGUUCAUCCUCUGCUACCUCAACCUCUGGGACAGCCCCUCCAGAAACAGGAUGGCAGCGUUCUACACGGUGAUGCUGCUCGAAAAUAUCAUCCUCGUGCUGCUGGCGACGGACUUUCUCCAGGGGGCCUCGUGGACCAGCCUGGGGGCUGUCGCAGGCGUCUUGUCUGGAUUUCUGAUCGGCACUGUCUCGCUGGUCGUUUACUACAGCUUACUGCAUCCAAAAUCCACAGACAUCUGGCAGGGCUGUGUACACACGUCCUGUGACCCCACAGAGGGUGAUAAAGCAGAAGAAGACUCUUCUCCACAAGCCCCAGGCCCAGCCAGGGAGGGACCGGACAGCCUGGGGACCUGCCCAGAGGAAAGCGAUGAGCUCCCAAGCCUGGGGAAGCCCCCCAGCCCACAGUGGGCGCCCCUAGAGGCUGGGCUGGAAAGCCAGACAGCAGGGGAGGCCUCUUUCCUCAGCCACCACCACUGGCUGCUGGUGAAGCUGGCUCUGAAGACGGGGAACGUGUCAAAGAUCAAUGCAGUCUUUGGAGAAGACGGCCUGGCCCGCUUUUCCUCCCCUGAGUGGGGGUUGAGCCAACACCACAGCAGGCAGAGGACGCCCCCACCCCCACGGCAGGAGCCCCCUUCAUCACCCGAGGACCCUCUAACCUCAGAGGAAGGCUCUGAGUUUCCAGUGGUCCCCAAGGCAGAGGCUGAUGAGACCUCAAGUUACCUGUCUUUUGCCAGCGAGAGUCCUGACCCAGCUCCAGCCCAGCAGCUGUCAGCUGCAGGUCUGGAGGGCGGCUCAGAGGAGGGAACCGGGGCUGCCCUGGGGGCGAGGGGUGCAGGGGGGCCCCCGGGGGGCGGGGGCGGGCAGGCCGGCUCCACGCUGUACUUCAGCGCCACCGCCGAAGGGGCGCUCCCCUCCCCCGGGAGCGGGCUGGGGUCGGACAGCCCAGCCCAGCCAGCCCCCGAGCGCUUUCCCCUCAGCGUGGCCGACAUCAGUCCCAUCUUGGGCCCCGGAAGACGCUGGCAGUCCGGCGGCCGGGCCCAGGGCGGCUCAGGGCUGCGGGGGCAGCAGGAGUCCCCGCGUCGCCCCGUCGCGGCUGGUACCCAGACGCUGCUGCCCGAGGUGGGCCCGAGGCCCGCGGACGCGCCCUGCCUCACGUCCACCCCCAAGUGCACGCCCCCCGGGACUGCGGCCGCAGGGCGAGGCUGA